AAACUGAUAGCUAACGUCAGUGUCAGGUGAAAUUAAAAUAACCUCAAUUUUUAUGGAAAAACAAACACAAAAUGCUUCGAAACUUUGUUAAUAAAUUGUGCUUCAAUAACUUCGGUUGUGGAUUUCACACUUCAGCUCGUUUAAAUGAAGUGCAACUGCUAACGAGGCUGCGCGUCGUUGAUAAUUCAGAAAUCGGCAAAAGAGCCAUGGCCGAGGGAAAACCUCCGAAAGUUAUAUGUGUAUAUAACAAAAAACGAAUAGGAUACAUUGGAGACAGAGUAAUGGUGGCUAUCAAGGGACAAAAGAAAAAAGGUAUACUUGUGGGUCUAAAGCAAACACAAAAAGUUAAAGUGCCUAAAUUUGACAGCAACAAUGUGGUGUUAAUAGACGACAAUGGCACUCCGCUGGGGACUCGCAUCCAUGUCCCCAUCCCCACCAUCCUGCGUACCAUACUGAAGGAGCGCACACACGCCAAGGGGGCCGACUACACCAAGUUACUGGCCAUUGCAACUAAAUUUGUUUAAUGUAUAAACUUUCCUACUUAGUAAUUUUAGUGUAAAUAAACUUAUGAAUAGUUCCA